UCUUCUGGGUCUCCCACGUGUGUGUUGGGGCCCAAGCACUUGGGCCAUCCUCCACUGCUUUCACAGGAGCACUAGAAGGGAGCUGGAUUGGAAGUGGAGCAGCUGGGUCUCAAACCAUUGUCCAUGUGGGACGCUGGCAUUGAAGGCGGCGGCUUUACGAGCUAUGCCACAGUGCAUGACCUGGUUAUUUUAAAGAGUAUUUGAGGAUUUUUUCAGAACCCUUUAAAAUAGCAUUUUAAAGAAGUUUAUUGUUUAUUAAAGAUUUAUGUAUGCAUGAAUGCUUUUAUUUGAAAGGCACAGUGAGAGAGACAGAGACGGCAUGAGCCAAAGAAUCUUCCAUCUGCUGAUUCAUUCCUCAAAAGGCCAAAACAGCCUGGGCUGGUGUAGGCAAAAGCCAGGAGAAAGGGACUCCAUCCAGGUCUUGCAUGUGGGUGGCAGGGGCCCGAGUAUUUGGGCCAUAAGUUAAUUUAUUUUACAAAGCACACCAGCUAUUAGAUUAUGUCUCUAUGAUUUGUUUUUAGUCGAUAUGCCCUAGAAAAGUCUAAAGUUUCAUUAUUUGAAAAUCUGACUUCUGGUAAGGAAUUGGAUUCUAUAAGAGCAACUGGACUACCUAUGUCCUCUAUCAAGCCUAGAACUGUCAUUCUGUGUAUUUACUAGCAGGCCUAUCUACAAGUGAUACUGCAUCAAGAUAACAGCACUGUAGUGUCCACAAGAUCUGUUCUGGUCAUGGAUACUUUUAAAAAAUUUAUUUAACAUUUUUCAUUUUGAAAGGCAGAGAGAGAUCUUCCAUACACUAGUUCACUUCCCAGAAGGCCACAACAGCCAGGACUGGAUCGGGCUGCAGCCAGGAGCCCAGAUCUCCCUCUGGGUCUCCCAUGUGAGUGGCAGGGACCAGAGGGCUUGAGCCUUCCAGGAGGAGGAAGCCGGCUGCCAAAAAGGAGCGGGGAAACGAAGCUACCGAAGCAUUUCACCUGUUCAUUCACUGCCAUGGUGACUUUAAGUUUGGUUCUAGGAGGCUACGAGGUUAUUUACCAUAAUAACAUUAUUCUAGUUUACUGAUAGGGACCGACAAGACGCAGCUGUUGAGCAAUUCAGUAACACAAAUGAUAAAUGGUACAACUGGGGCUGUAACCCAGGCCUUCUGAUUCCGAACCAUAGAUUUCCUCAAGUUGUCUCCCAUCCCGUCCACAGAUGUUCGCCCGGGCCCCGUCUUUCUCAGGAUGAGUAUUUUAAGUGAAUGCAAAGUUAGCAAAGGGCAGCAUCCGUCAGGCGCAUGCGUUCCUUCCUUUUCCCACGGUAGGGAGAGCGCCUUGUCUUUUCCUUCCGCUUUGAACCUCUUUUGGCCCCGGCGAGUCGCCAUCGCCCGUGCGGAGACGUUUGCAAGCCGAGGUGAUGGCGACUGGAACGCCAGAUCCGCAGGCGCGAUUCGGUCAGUCCGUGAAGGGGCUUCUCACGGAAAAGGUGAACACUUGUGGCACUGACGUGAUCGCGCUCACCAAGCAAGUGCUGAAGGGCUCGCGCAGCUCCGAGCUGCUAGGUCAGGCAGCUCGCAACAUGGUACUGCAGGAAGACGCCAUCUUGCACUCGGAAGACAGUUUAAGGAAAAUGGCAAUCAUCACCACGCAUCUGCAGUACCAGCAAGAAGCUAUUCAGAAGAAGUAAGUAACCCCAAAGGGAGGAGUAAGUAAGCUGCAAGUGUUGAGCAGUCAUCAGAUCUGCAGGACCAGCUGAAUCAUCUGUUAAAGUAGAAGGGAACAGAGGAGGGUGCCUUGCCUGGCGCGAGGCAGAGAUACCGUAUGCAGCCACGGUGCCGUGGGGCUGAGUUUCCAUUUUCUUCUUCAGAAGUCUGAGAACUGUGCCGUCAUACUGUUUCUCCUGAAAAGAAGCAAAGUGGUCGAUAGCGGAAUCAGACUAACCCAUGCCCCUACUCAGUCUUUAAGUUGUUCUGUUUAGUUCAAUAUUAAAGCAAAAUGAAAAGAUGUCUUCAUUUUUCCCGUAGAACUUUCAAUACGUCAGGAGCCCCAUUGUCUAAAUGAACCCUUAAGCAAGUACUGAGUCCUGGUUUAAAUUCAGAAAUAUAGCUUCUAUUGUGAACAUAUGAGAAUGAUUAAUAUUUUAAAAACAUUUUUCUUUGAACCAUUCACUCGUAAAAUAAUUCCAUGGUCAACGAGCAUCUAAAAUGAUACCCAUUGAAGUGAAAUGGACACUAUGAGAAACAAAGACAUGAUCAGCCCUUGUCUAGACUGUUGAGGAACAACUUACUAUUUUAUUCCUUUUAGUAUUUUUGUUGUUGUUGUUGUUGUUGCUCUGUUUGUUCUACAUAAGACCACUGGUUGAACUCUGUAAUCAAUGCACAAUCAUUCUUAGGCAUUUAAACUUAACAGAAAAGUGAUCUCUGUUAAACAUAGGAGUGGGAAUAAGAGAGGGAGGAGAUAUAUAGGUUGGCACAUGCUCACUCGGACUUACCUCCAAUGGUGGAACUAGAAAUGUGCCAGGGGAUUUCAACUCAAUCUUACCAAGGAGGCAGGUACCAAUGCCAGCGCACUUGGUAAAGUGAUAAGUAUAAAUACACAACCGAUCAAAAAGAUAGGGUAUGUGUCAAUGAGAUUUCACAGAUAAGACCAGUGUAAGCAAAUAAUGAAGGAUAGAAUUAAAAGGGAGAGAAUGAUCCUGUGGGGGUAACAGGACACACAGCAGACUCAUAGAAUGGCAAACACCCAAAACAGCACUCCUGCCUCAGAAUCAACCCUUGGGACAUUCAGAUCUGGCUGAAAGGUCCAUGAGAGUCUCACAGGCAUAAAAAGUCAUGACACGGUAGCAAAAAACAAUCUAAAUGAAAGAUCCUGGUGAACAAGACCCCAGCAGAAGGAACAGGCCAUCAAGGAGAGAGGCACCUUUCUCUGAAGGGAGGAAGGAACCUCCACUGUGAUAUGGCCUUGACUAAACAAGUUCAGAGUCGGUGAACUCAAGGGGCUUCCAUAGUCUAGACAGCUCAUAGCAAGAGUCUCGGGUGAUGGCUGACAUCAUAAAUAAGAGUGCCAAUUGUUAAAUCAACAACGGGAGUCACUGAGUACAGGCUCCCCACGUAGGAUCUCUGUCCUUAAUGUGUUCUACUAUGAAACUUAAAAACAACACUACUAGUCGAACAAUACCCUAUACCUUGUGCGGUUGUGUGAGGGUAGCCUGUUGAAAUCCUUGCUUAGUAUAUACUAAGUUGAUCUUCAGUAUAUGAAGGUAAUUGAAAAUGAAACUCGAUGAAGGGCGGGAUGGGAGAGGGAGUGGGAGAGGGGAGGGCCACGGAAGGGAGGGAGGUUAGGGGGGAGCCACAACAAUACAAAAGUUGCACUUUGUAAAUUCACAUUUAUUAAAUAAAAAAAAUAACUAUAUAACAAAAAAAAGAAACAGAAAAAAAAAGAACUUAAUACUUUACCCUUUUAGUAUUUUUUAUGUUCUACUUAAAACUAUUGGUUGAACUCUGUAAUUAAUACACAAUUACUCUUAGGUGUUUAAUUAAUGCUAUAACUAGUACUCAAAUAGUAUUUUACACUUUGUGUUUCUGUGUGUGUGCAAACUGUUAAAAUCUUUACUUAAUAUAUGCUAAAUUGAUCUUCUGUAUAUAAAGAUAAUUGAAAAUCUUGAUGUGAAUGGAAGGCGAGAGGGGGUGGGAGAGGGGAGUGUUGUGGGUGGAAGGGAAGUUAUGGGGGAGGAGCUAUUAUCCAUAAGCUGUACUUUGGAAAUUUAUGUUCAUUAAAUAAAAUAAAAUAUAAAAAAAUAA